AUAUAACUCCUUUCAAAGUGACUUACAAAAAUUCUCAUAUGCUUUUGGAAAAUUUUUAGAUUAACUUUUAUAACUAAAUGGUAUAUUUAAGAAUUCCUGUGGUAUAUUUCAGCAGCUGUGCACGGUCAUACUAAAUGCUAUUCGCAUUGUUUAUAAUCAUUAUUGCGCGGGUUUUUAGUCUUUAUCUUUAUUAAAUUGUUUUGUUUACAAAGUUAUUAAAUAUUUGAUUGCUCAAGAAAGCUCUGGCAGCUGAAUGAAUCGCAAGUCAACAUGUCAAAGAAACCCUAUGCGCCCAGAAAACAGCUCACACUUAGCAGCUUCAUUGGCCUGGAUAAGAAUUCCCAGAGUCAACCCAAAGUAAGUAAUGUCAGGGUUAAGCCCAGUGCAACAUACAACCCCAUAUUUCUGGACUCCUCUUCAUCCGAUGAGGAAACAACGCAGAAAACGAGCCAAUCCAGCAAGGAUUAUAAUAAGUUUAUAAAGCACACUUAUUGUAACCUGUCCCAAUCGCCAUUAGCUCCACUUCCUGCCAAGAAAUCCGUCAAAGAUUCUCCCAAGAAACUGACACACAGCGAGGGAAGCCACACUAACCGGGGCUUGUCUGAAUCUCCUGUAGGAAACAAUUCAUUUGAUGAUUUUCUAAAGAAACCCCCACAGAAUCAGAGAAAGUACGUACCAUUUUCUCUGUCUGAUUCUCCUCAAGGUCCAAAGUUAAAAACAGGUUUACUUCGGGACUCUCCAAAGAAACUGUCACAAAAUGAGAAAAAGCCGACCGAUCAAAAAUACUCAUUCGAGGACUCCCCAAACAAACAAAACGGAGGAAGACAUGUGUUACUUACCCUGCCCGAUUCACCUCCGCCGCCACAGCCUGCCAAUAAGUCGAAAAAAAGUUCCCCAAAGAAACCACCACAGAAUGAUAGAAAAAAUUCUUACCUGACCCUGGAUACAAUUUCUAUCGACGAUUUCCCACAAAUAACAGAGAAAAAGCCUACCUUGUCCACUCUGCCGAAAUCACCUCGAGCUUUAAAUGCAUUCACAAAAACCGGCAGUAGUAAUAAUCUUUUCGAGGACUCUCCAGAGAAAAAAAGCAUUGGGCAGACAGGAUACAAGCUGGGGUCGACAAAAGAAAAUACCAUGCCAACGAAAUCAGCGUCGGUUGCUCGCAGCACUUCUCCACCUCCAGCGGCACCACUAAAACCCAGACUCAGUGUGGCGUUUGACAACUCUCUGGCGGAUUAUCUAAAGGAUUUAGCCCAGAAUGACAACUUCAGCAUCGAUCCCAACAAGCAGGGCUCAGAGGCUCUAAAGACCACUCUGGACUUCUUUCGCAAUACUUACGUCGAGCUUAUGGAGAAAUAUUGCUCUCUGAUUGACCAAAUUCCCGCCAUGCACUUCAAUGAAAUCACAGGGUUUCAGCCUAACACGUUUCUCAAGCUCAAGGUAAUGCGACAGAAAUUUAAGGCUAGGACGCAACUUCUCCAAAAAACUAUGGAUAGGAAUGAAAGCAAGCAAAAAGCUGAGCAAGAGGCCCUGGAGCAGGAGGAACUGGAAAUGCAGGCGGAACAGAGUCGAAUGCCGUCUAGCUCAACAAGUAAAAAUAUAUCCUCCCUGCCAGAGAAAAGUCUCCGUCUUGUGCCAUCCAAUCUAAUAGAAAGCAAAGAAGAAAAAGUGCCCAACCGCGAACAGCUAUUACAUGACCUUUGUGGGGACCCGGAUGAUUACUCGCCACCCAGCAAGCCAAACAAAUCGCCUCAGAUGCCUAAACGCCAACAGUUCAUCCAAGAUCUUUGCGGGGAACCGGAGGAUUUCUCGCCACCCAGCGAUCCGCCUCCGAUGCCUAAACGCCAGCAGUUUAUCCAGGAUCUUUGCGGGGAACCGGAUGAUUUCUCGCCACAUAAAAAUGAAAACGAUCCGCAUAUGUUGCGAAAAUGCGAGGAACUCAUCCACGAUCUUUGCGAGGAGCCGGAUGACUAUCUGGCCCAGAGUAUAAUGUUGGAUAGCGAUCUCGAAGAGGAGCAAAUGAACCGUCCCACACAGCAGACCACCUCAAGUGAAAUGGACGAUGCCGAUGAUGACUUGGAAGGUCUGCUUGCGGAAAUUGAGAACGAGCACCAGCAGAUGCAGGGCCGCAGGUCCGAGUUCAAUGGCUAUGGCUACAAGGAUUUCGAGACUGUGAAGGUGAAGGAAAAGCCAAAGGAGAAGCCAAAAGAAAAGCCGAAAAAUGUUCCCUUGGAUGACGAUGGGUUUCCCGAAUACGAUGAGGCCAUGUUUGAGGUAAUGCAUUCUCAGGCUGCAGCAAAUAUUACCGGUUUAGAUGCCGGUCCGAGUACCAGCAGGAGCGUUGUACCUGCCAAAGUGCCUACGCCCACAGGCUCCCAGAAGCUGUCAGGCAAUUUCCACUCCAAUGUGCACAAUGACGGCAUCACCGGAGAGUUCGAUGGCCAAAAGUUUGAGCACUCCACCCGUCUCAUGCAUGGCCUGAGCUACAGCUUCGGUCUAAAGAGUUUUCGUCCCAAUCAGUUGCAGGUGAUCAAUGCCACCCUUGUGGGCAAUGAUUGCUUCGUACUGAUGCCAACGGGAGGAGGAAAAUCGCUCUGCUAUCAGCUGCCUGCUAUUCUAACCGAGGGUGUGACCAUUGUGGUCAGUCCGCUGAAAUCGCUGAUCUUCGAUCAAAUCAAUAAGCUGGCUUCUUUGGAUAUCUGUGCGAAGAGUCUGAGCGGGGAGCAAAAAAUGGCUGAUGUUAUGGCCAUCUACAGGGACUUGGAGUCUCAGCCACCAAUGGUCAAACUGCUUUACGUGACGCCCGAAAAGAUUAGUAGUUCUACUCGCUUUCAGGACACAUUAGAUACCCUAAAUUCUAACAAUUACAUUAGCCGAUUCGUUAUAGACGAGGCACAUUGUGUUUCGCAGUGGGGUCAUGACUUCCGACCGGACUACAAGAAACUUGGAAUCCUAAAGAAGCGUUUCCCCAACGUUCCAACCAUUGCCCUAACAGCUACAGCCACGCCCCGCGUUCGUUUGGAUAUUCUGGCGCAGUUAAAUCUCAAGAAUUGCAAGUGGUUCCUGUCCAGCUUCAACCGCAGCAAUUUGCGGUACAGGGUGUUGCCCAAGAAGGGUGCCUCGACGUUGGACGACAUUAGUGCCUACAUCCGCACCAAGCCGGCACAUUCCAGCGGCAUAAUUUACUGCCUGUCGCGCAAGGAGUGCGACGAGACGGCCAACAAAGUGAGCAAGAACGGCGUCCGAGCGGUGGCCUAUCAUGCGGGUCUCACCGACACCGAGCGAGAAAGUCGGCAGAAGGAUUGGCUAACCGGAAAGAUAAGGGUAAUCUGUGCAACAAUUGCCUUUGGCAUGGGAAUCGACAAACCGGAUGUGCGGUUCGUUUUGCACUUCUCGCUGCCCAAGUCCAUCGAGGGUUACUACCAGGAGGCAGGUCGCGCGGGACGAGACGGAGAGUUGGCGGAUUGCAUCUUGUACUACAACUAUUCGGACAUGCUCAGGAUAAAGAAGAUGUUGGACUCCGACAAAGCUCUCCAAUACAAUGUGAAGAAGAUACACGUAGACAAUUUAUAUCGCAUUGUUGGGUACUGUGAAAACCUUACGGAUUGCCGUCGUGCGCAGCAGCUGGACUACUUUGGAGAACACUUCACCAGCGAGCAGUGCCUUGAAAACAGACAGACCGCCUGCGACAAUUGCCUCAAUAAGCGAGCUUAUCGGGCGGUCGAUGCCUUGGAGAUUGCCCGUAAGGCUGCGCGAGCUGUUAAGGAUCUUUGCAGCGGUAGAUCCCGGUUCACGCUACUGCAUAUAUCCGACGUUCUAAAGGGUUCUAAGAUCAAGAAGAUCAUGGACUUUAACCACCACAAAACACCCCACCAUGGAGCCUUAAAGGACUGGGAGAAAAACGAUGUACAAAGGCUGUUGCGCAAAAUGGUCAUCGACGGAUAUCUAAGAGAGGACUUGAUAUUCGCCAACGACUUCCCACAGGCCUAUCUGUACCUGGGUAAUAACAUCAGUAAACUCAUGGAGGGAACGCCAAGCUUCGAGUUUACCGUGACCAAAAACGCCAAAGAAGCCAAGGCGACGGUGGCCACCGUUUCCGAUGCCGUGGCGACCAGUAGUGGCGAUGGAAUGCGGGAGAUUCACGAGCGCUGCUACACGGAUCUACUGGAUCUGUGCCGUACCAUUGCCAGUCAGCGGAAUGUGACCAUGGCUAGUAUUAUGAACAUUCAGGCGUUGAAGAGCAUGGCUGAAACCCUACCCCUCACCGAGAAGGACAUGUGCAGUAUUCCGCACGUUACAAAGGCGAACUACGAUAAAUACGGCGCCAAGAUGCUUGAGAUUACGUCAAACUAUGCGUCGGAGAAGCUGCUUAUGCAGGCUGUCCUGGACGAAGAGGCGGAACAGGCGGCCGUCAAGCAGAAGCCCAGCACCUCAGGUUGGAACAACGAAAGUGUGGACUGGGACAGGGCGGUGGCAUCACAGGGCAGUGCCAACACGAGCGGUGCCGGCGGUUUCAGCAACUACAGAGCGGGCAAAAGGAAGAAGGUAUACAAAGCUGGAGCUAGCAAGAGGUACAAAACCAAUACAGCAUCGCCAGCGGCCAAGAAGAGUACAUCAACAAGAGGUCGGGGAGGCAAGGCGGGCGCCAUGCGAGCGGAUAGCUCAGCUGCCUCAUCAUCAUCAGGCUGGAAAUCCAAGAAAACAGGAAACAGCUUCGGCUUUGAUCUUAUGCCAUUGCCAGGAUCAAAAUAACAUAAGCUAAACGUUUUAAAAAACGAAUGGAGAAAUGCUCAGGUUAAUCCUAAACUGGAGACCCGCCAUUUUGCAUUAGAAAUUAUAGCCUCUAGUUACGCUUCUAUAUUCAGUUUUGUAGCAACAACAAUUUAUUUUUCAUCAAGAGAAAAAGUGUGUACUUCAUCCCUAUUUGUUUUUGGUAAAACCUUUUAAAGUUGUUCAAGCAUUUGUCCAACCCAAUUUCAUUCUAAAAUGUUAGUAAUUAGAAUUAAGCUUAUCACCUUGAAUUUUUACAUAAACGUUCAUUUUGUUAAACAAUAA